AUGUCGCUGCCGAAAUGUAUGUUUACGCGUGUCUCUGUGUGUAUGUGCACCCUCAAUGCAAAUAGUCUAGUAGUUUACCCCCAGCUCCACAUAGUUUCAAAACGCCUAAUUUCUCCGCACCAACACCAUGCACAACACCACCACUGCUUUUGUUCCUUCCCUUCUUUUUUCGUUUCCUUUUUUCGCUCUCUCUGUCCACGUUUAUGCUCCACCCUUCUGAAUAUUUCACGUCGUGGCGCCGGAGGGAAAAGCCAGUAGGCCACGUUUAAUUGCACUCAUCUGCGCUCACCUCUUGCGCAACUACCACAUUUUCAAUUCCGGGAUCAGCUGAGAGAACUCUUCGAGUUUGUGCUCUCUGCAUUCAUUACCACUCCUUUUUUGGUGCUCUCAUUGACGUCGACAAACUUUUUUCUGCAAGAAGAACCUUGGAAAGAGAAAGAGAAGAGAAAAACAUGUCUCACAUCAUUCUGAUCAUAUUUCCAACAACAUCUAGUUCUCAAAUUCACAGUACUUUUUUGUACUAAUCCGUGUUUAACUACUCUUUACUCUGUUUCGGGGGGAACGGGGCGAUGACAUUUCUUUCAAGUCAUUGGGAAGUUUCUUGAAGAGAAGAAAAACACCCGGCAAAGUUGAGAAAAACUUCCUAAUCAAGUUAAAAGUGUGGAUUGAAUCAACAGAAGAAUGGAGAAGCAGCUGAAAAGCAACUUUUUCUCCGUUCUACUAUAUUUCUCCUAACUUCUGCUGAAUGAAUGCUAAUCGUGAUACAUAAUUGUUUUUCCUCUCUUUUUUCUUGCAGAAAUUGCUUCGUUUCUUUGAAAAACCGAAGAACCGCUAUUCCCAUGAAAGUUGAGAAAUGUCCCUUUAUAGCACUUCUAACCGUACAAAAAGCAAUCGAAGUGAGAGCUUUUCACUCUUUAUUUUUUUGCACAGUUUUAACGAGUUUCAACCCAAGCAAGAACGUAGGGGAUUACCGUAAGUAAAAGGACGUUUUAUGGUGCACCUAGAGGCCUGACACCCAUUAGUUGGAAUGCGUCCCCACGCCCAUAGUAUGCAUUUCCAUUCAUUCUGCUCAUUCCUCUUUUAACCCCAUUUUUCUUGCAACCGACAGAAAGUACUCGUCAAUGCUGCUCAAAAAAUGAGCCUUUGUCGAGUCCAUAUUUCAUCGCUUCCUUUCACUCGGAUCGGGGUAACCAAGCUCGGCAUAGAACGCACACACACACACAUCCUCUGCACAUAGUUCCAUUUUUUCUCCACAUGUUUUUAUCCGCCACACCAUGUUGUAUAAGCUGCUAUUCAUGAACACAAAACGAAAAAGUUUCAUUUUUCGCCCCAUCCCCAAAGUUUCUUUUUCAAGUGGUGUCCCGACGGAAGAGGGGAGAAAAAAAAAGAAAAUGUGUCUUUGUUGCAGAUAUGUGGCUUGUCAUCCUCUGCUUUGUCCUUCCGGCAAUCAUCUUUUCCCUCUUUGCCCUGGUCGCAUGGCUCCGCGUCUUGCAGCUCAAUUAUAGGUAAGACCAGCGAGUUCCAAGGACUAUGGGUUCAAUGACAAAUGACGGAUACUCAAAAACUAUGUACAUUCAUAAUUCCGGUUUUUUUUUCAAAACAGACCCGACUGUUCUCAAGGGACCGGGUAUGGUCAAAGGUCACAUGGCUCGGUGACUUGACGCCAGGCGCUUAACGAACCUUGGCGGGAACUAACUGAACCAAUUAUUUCUGAACGUUUCUCAUUUCUUUUCAGACGGCGACUGGCUGCAGAGGCGGCUGACCGCGAUGCAAAGAAGAAGGCGUCCCAAUUGGAGAGCCUCAUCACAAAGUCAGUUUUCCCGGUGAACAUUCGAAGGAAUAUCAAAAGUUUCCAGAAAAGACGGAAAGGUCAUUUGUCACAUUCCCAUCCAAGUGGAAGACAUAGAGACGGGCGCCAUGUUUUUGUACAACUCUGACGAGAACCUGACGUCAAUCGAUGAAGAGGCCAAGGAACCACUUGUGGAUCAAAAUUGA